AUGGCCGCCUUACCGAAGUCAAGAUACUGGGGGUAUUUACGACCUACCGCCGCUGCCUCGGAGUGCCUCAUAAGGGAUAUCAUGAAGGGAUCAGAGUCGAACAUAGUUAUCUUCAAGAUCAAAAAGCCACGAGCCGAGUAUUCCACAAAGCUCAGGUUCCAUUCUGACUACUGGUUCGGCCUAUGGAAUACGGAGUGGGGUUCUCAUGUGAAGAAGGGUACGGGUGCCCAGUCUAUAAAGAUUGUCAGAAGAAAGCGCACCGCAAGCAUGAAGGUCUAG